AUGGCACCAUCUGCUGAUACCCCCGAACCAACCCCCAGGGGCGAUUCUACCGUCCUGAGCCUGAGGAAGUCCCUCUGCUCCGAGGAUACCCCCCUCCCCAUCCGUUUCCGCGCCCUGUUCUCCCUCAAGCACGUCGCCGUCACCUCUGACGAGGAGGAUAACAUUGUCGGCGCCGUUGAUGCCAUCGCUGCCGCCUUCGCCUCGCCCUCGGCCCUACUGAAGCAUGAACUUGCGUAUUGCCUGGGCCAGGCUAGCCACAAAUCUGCUGUUAAGCCCCUCCGCGAGGUUCUCGCGGACCUCGAACAGGAUCCCAUGGUCCGACACGAGGCUGCUGAGGCUCUCGGCGCUCUGGGCUGGGCGGACAACCUCGACAUCCUGCUAGAGUACCGCGACCGCAAGGGCGAGGAUGUUAGCAUUGUCGAGACGUGCGAGAUCGCCAUUGACCGCAUCGAGUGGGAGAGCUCCGAGGAGCGGAAAAGGGAGAAGUUGCGCCAGAGUGAUUUUUCCUCGAUCGACCCUGCCCCCCCAAUGCCCGAGACCGAGAAGGAAGUAGAUGUCGCAGAGCUUGGCAAGAAGCUGAUGGACACGACCCGACCCCUCUUCGUCCGAUACCGCGCCAUGUUUGCCCUCCGUGACUUGGCCUCACCACCCGACCUUCCUACAGCCGUCCCUGCAGUGCUUGCGCUCGCUGAGGGCCUCUCCGAUCCGUCUGCGUUGUUCCGUCAUGAGAUCGCGUUCGUCUUCGGCCAGCUGUCGCACCCCGCCUCCAUCCCUGCGCUUACUGCAUCGCUAAGCGACGUCAACGAGGCCAGUAUGGUUCGACACGAGGCGGCCGAGGCGCUGGGUGGUCUUGGCGAUGAGGAGGGUGUUGAGGCGACCUUGAGACUGUUCCUCAAUGACAAGGAGAAGGUCGUGCGGGAGAGUUGUAUCGUUGCGUUGGAUAUCGCCGAGUACGAGAACAGCGGAGAGACGGAAUAUGCACUGAUCCCCGAGGUUGGAGGUGCUACUGAAUGA